UUGGGCCACGUGGUGCUCUCCCCGGUCUGGUUCCUCUACAGCCUGCUCAUGAAGCUGUUCCAGCGCUCCUCACCGGCCAUCACCCUGGAGAGCCCGGAAAUCAAGUACCCGCUGCGGCUCAUCGACAAGGAGAUCAUCAGCCAUGACACCCGGCGCUUCCGCUUCGCCCUGCCAUCGCCCCAGCACAUCCUGGGCCUCCCUAUUGGCCAGCACAUCUACCUCUCGGCUCGAAUCGACGGAAACCUGGUCAUUCGGCCUUACACACCCGUCUCCAGCGAUGAUGACAAGGGCUUCGUGGACCUGGUCAUCAAGGUUUACUUCAAGGACACCCAUCCCAAGUUUCCCGCUGGAGGAAAGAUGUCUCAGUACCUGGAAGGCAUGCAGAUUGGAGAUACCAUUGAGUUCCGGGGCCCAAAUGGGCUGCUGGUCUACCAGGGCAAAGGGAAGUUUGCCAUCCGUCCCGACAAGAAAUCCAACCCCAUCAUUAAGACAGUGAAGUCUGUUGGCAUGAUCGCUGGAGGGACAGGCAUCACCCCAAUGUUGCAGGUGAUCCGCGCCAUCAUGAAAGACCCCGAUGACCACACUGUGUGCCACCUGCUCUUUGCCAACCAGACUGAGAAGGACAUCCUGCUUCGUCCCGAGCUGGAGGAACUGCGGAACGAGCAUUCCGCCCGCUUCAAGCUCUGGUUCACAGUGGACAGGGCUCCUGAAGCCUGGGACUACAGCCAGGGCUUCGUGAACGAGGAGAUGAUCCGGGACCAUCUCCCGCCCCCGGAGGAGGAGCCGCUGGUGCUGAUGUGCGGACCCCCGCCCAUGAUCCAGUACGCCUGCCUGCCCAACCUGGACCGCGUGGGCCACCCCAAGGAGCGCUGCUUCGCCUUCUGAUGGCCGGGCUGGCCGCACGCGCACCCACCCGCCCCGCGUACUCACCUCGCCCUGUCCACACUUACCCUGCCAUCUCCCCCCAUCUGCCCACAUCUCACGCUGGAGCCCCGGGUUCGGCCUGGCCUGCCCGUGCCCUGAUGGUCACCCAGCUGAGCUGAGCUGGCCCCUGAGGGUCCAUUUUGGGAGCAGGAUCUGUUUCAGGUGGGCCACGGCUGGCCGCCUUCAGAUAGGUUCCUGUCUGGCACUCACCAGUUCUCACCGAGGUGCCGCUCCACCCGUCCUCAUGACCUCCACACACACUACAGGCCCAGGGCUGCCAGCACUGUGUUCCACCAGCCUCUCUGGGCAGUGAACCACAGUUGAGCUGCAGGUGCCAGGGACCACCUCAGCCACCGUCCUGGGACCCUUGCCCGCUGCCCCUGCUGCCUGCCUCAGAGCUGAGGCUGGGCCUUAGCACCUGACGCUACAGGUGACAGGAAAUACCAAAAAGUCCUCUUGGAGGGGGGCUGCUCAGGGUGAGAGGCUACCCCCCAGCCCAGGCCCCAGGCAGGCCCAGUAAGAGGGUGUUGGCCAAGGGCCCCUUGGACUGGCACAUGGGCCUUCCUGAAACCCUAACACAUCCAGACAUAUGCACAGCCUUGGGAGUCUCAAGCUGUCAUCCUGGCAGCCCGAUGGACCCCCUUGGGGUUCUGGGGCCACCAGCCGUGGGGGCAGAACUACAGCCACCAUGUUUAUUCCUCUGUCCCAAACUUACCCCUCCUCUUGCCCAGUGUUGGGGGAGAUUUCAAGCAGUGCCUCUUGUCUGAGAGACAUAUUCGGUGGCUUUGACGUUGCCUUUAGACAACAACUGUGUUAGCCUCUAGCAUAUUGGCUUUUUCAGAGUCAUUUAUGAGCAGGAAAAAAAUUGAAGUAAAACUUUGCUAAUAUCAA